AUGCUCGAUAGACUGCCACCUGAAAUCGUCCUCGAUGAUAUCUUCCCGCUGCUGAAAGCUGGCGAUAUUCUCGCUAUUGGAAGCUCAUCGCGCAGUCUCCACGCGCUCAUCUUAGAACCAACCAUAUGGAAACGCAAGCUCAACGCACACUCGCCCUACAUCGCACUGCGCAUCCUUGCGCAAUCGCAGCGUCCGCUGGACUGGCAGACAAUAUACAGACGUUCUCUCUCACCUCAGCUGUACGUAUGGGGUGUAGCUGCCAGUGGUCGCCUUGGUAUUGACUUAAACGAUAAGCGCAUGGCUAGAGGCAACUGCGUCCCAUCGCCAAUUUGCAUCGAUGCUGGUAUCGACCUCGUCAAAAUCGUCGCGGGUAACACCUCGUUCCAUGGUUUGGGCUGCAAAGGUGAGGUCGUCUUCUGGGGCGAGUAUGGAGGUGAUACCGUCCCAUUCGGGAACCCUGACUAUAGAAAUCCUGGACUGAGGGUCACGAAACCCACUAGACUUGACCUGCCUUUCCGCACAGUAGACGUGAGCGCCGGACGUGCUCAUGCCCUGUUCUUGACCGAUAAUGGACAUGUCUAUCAGUCAAUAUGCUGCGCUCUCCCACAUCGCAUCGUUCAUCCUUUCCUUGAAAAUGACUCAAUAGUACAGAUAGGAGCGGGGUGGAGACAUUCUGCCAUUCUCCUCAAGAGCGGCACCAUAAUUAUCUUCUGGCCUCAUGAUUGUUCUCUACGGGAGGAUUACACGGUUGGAUAUAGAGCUGGACCGAGGCAAACUGUACAAGACGUCUUUCAUGGAGAAAGUCUCAGUACGCGUCCCUUCGACUUUGAACCGGACAGUGUGACACUCCCACCCAUCAGAAAUGAGAGUGUUGUGCAAAUAUCCAAUGCUAAAGAUGCCGUACUGGCUCUCACAGCAUCAAAUAGGCUUUAUAGGAUGGACUUCAUAUGCGGCAGGCCCGAUCUGAGGGGAAGCGAGAGAGUACAAAAUAUCAAUGAAAUGUUCAUAAACGGUAGCAAAAGAUGGAAUGAGAUGAAGAGCUUUGCUCCAGAUAAGCUACAAAAAUUACUGCCAGAGGGCGCUGAAGAACCCCGCAUCAGCCACAUAACAUGCUCACAAACUCAAUUCUCACUCUACGCAUCUUCCAACCGGCACAACGUGCUACUGAAAGGCAUGGCAAACACAGAUGACGCUCAACCAAAGCCUUUUGGAGUGAAUAAUGCUGUAGAGUUUGCGAGAGGAGAUGGUCACGCUUUGCUACUCACGCGUGAUGGCGAGGUGAGCGCUUGGGGAGAGCAGAAGGGAGGGAGAUUGGGUGUGACUAACUUGGAUCACACCCGCGAUGACUUUAUCGCUGAACCACUUCCCGUGUCUUUUUCAUGGAAUAGGCGUACCUUUGCUUUCACUGUAGCCGCUGCUGGCUUCCAAUCUGCCGCUCUAGUGAUUGAUCUGGAUGGUAGUGAUGAAGAGUUCGACGACGAAGAAAAAAGGAACGAAUGGCAGCAUUUCCAGCAGCGUGAGUGUUUGGAAAUUCAUAAUAGCUUGUCUAAUCAUCCAUAA